AGUAUCGUUGUCACUACUGUGACUUUAGUUAAAUGUCACGUAGCAUUUAAAUCGAUUUUUAAACAAAAUUGUUACACGGCUUCAAUGCAUUAACAUCUUUGGGACUGAAAUUUGAUAGUUAUCGUAAUAGCACGCAAUCCGUAGCAGAUAUCAGUGUCGCUCGUCUUCUUUUGGCGCUGCAGAGACAUGUUUACAUCCCAGACCUCUUCCUUCCAGGAGUCCAUAGACGUGGAUGAAAGGGAUGUAGACUUCGACAACGAAGAGAUCGCCGGAUACAGCCAGAACAUACAACAGAUUAACAGCUACUAUGCCAUAUACUACUACCAGAACACAAGAUCUGAGGCUUUUGGAGAGAGUGUGGCCUGGAGCCAGAGGAGAUCAGACUCAACCACAAGUCAGGAAGACUUUAGUCUCACGCUGCUGGAUGCCAGCUUGCCACCCGAGGCCGAGCCGGAGCUGCGAAGCUACAUCUCGCGCAGGCUGAGCAAGGGUGCUUUGCUAGGGGGUAUGGGGAACAUUGCCACUGUGGAGCUAAGCAUCCCUGAGCAAGCGGUGGGCUGUUACUGCUGUCUGCUGGAGCAGGAGAAAUCUCCAGAACAGCCUGAGGCUGAUGGCAACGGCUGGGUGGUGUGUCUUCUCGGAGGAUCAGAGAAGGGCCUGAAUCUGUUUAGAAUUGAGCUGGACAAGUACGUCCAGGGUCUGCAGGGUUGUUUGACUCCAGAGAUGCAGAAUUUGGAGACACAAGUCAGGCCCUACGUGAUCCGCUGGUAUGAAGAGUCAGUUAUGCACAUUCACAGAGUGGUUCAGCUGGUGCAGGCGAACGUCGGGUACCUUCUGCAUGCUGCUUUGAGUCACAAGCUUUUCGAGGUCACAGGGGCAGAUGAGAAGACAAAAGCAGAUAUAGCAAGAUUUAUCAAAGCAGCAAGCCUGCAGGGUCUAGUUCAGGAAGCCUCCCUCUGUAAGGCCAUUUCAGAGGACUCUCACAGCAGUCUGAUCAUCGACUGCUCCACCAGCCCACCUACACUCACCAACGAAGUCAGUAACCGGUUCUGCGAUGACUGGAUCCAGGCCUUCCUCAAUGCUGCGGAGCGCUUUAACCCUUUCCUUCUCCGCCAAAUCCUGGAGAACUUUAAACUUAAGGCCAUUCAGGACAUGAACAACCUGAAGCGCUUCAUCCGUCAGGCAGAAAUGAGCCACUACGCUCUGUUUCGCUGCUGUCUGUUCCUGCAGAGCUGUGGAAACGGGGACGUGCUGCUGCAGAAUGCGCGGGCCGAGCACAGCAGCCUUCCUGAGGCCUGUGGCAUCAUAAACGUGCUGGAGGAGUUCCUCAGGGAGCACGCUCAGGGCACGCUGUACUGACACCACAGUGUUACUGUACAUAC